GUGACGUGGUAAAAGUCUCUCUCGCUCUUCUUGCGGAGUUGGCCAAUGGCUGGCCACAGCUGCAGCCUGUGUGGGCUGGGCCUGUAACCGAUACCCCCCAAGACAUCUACCCUGGGCAACUGUCUCUAGAGCCAGAAGACAGAGAAAAGAGUCCUGAGUGUACUGAGACCUGGAGAAAGGAGAAGAGACAUGGCCACCAAAGGGAGGAACGUGGAAGGCACCAGCGUGGCCUUCCACUUCCCUUGGACUCUCUUGUCUUAGUGAGGCAGAGCUGACGUGGUCAUCCAACCACAGAGGACCACCUUCCCUUCUUUGUGUCAAGGACAGCAGGGUCUUCUACAAGGUAGAUGUUGGGUGGCCUUGGUGGACCGCCAUAAAGUGCCUUUGACAGCCACAAAGUUUUGGAGCCUCCACUUGAGGUCCUGUGGGAAAGAGCACGCUAUUUCCCACUUAACCAUGAAUUUUGGCUUCACGCAAGAGCAAGUAGCUUGCGUGUGUGAAGUCUUACAACAAGGGGGCAACAUCGAGCGCUUAGGACGCUUCCUCUGGUCCCUGCCAGCUUGUGACCACCUGCACAAGAAUGAGAGUGUCCUAAAGGCCAAAGCGGUGGUGGCCUUCCACCGGGGCAAUUUUCGAGAGCUCUACAAGAUCUUAGAGGGCUAUCAGUUCUCACCGCACAAUCACCCCAAACUUCAGCAACUUUGGCUCAAGGCUCACUACACCGAAGCGGAGAAGUUACGCGGAAGGCCGCUGGGAGCUGUUGGAAAAUACCGGGUGCGUCGCAAAUUCCCUUUGCCUCGGACCAUCUGGGACGGGGAGGAAACCAGUUACUGUUUCAAGGAAAAAUCCCGGAGUGUGUUACGGGAAUGGUAUAUCCACAAUCCCUACCCAUCCCCUCGUGAGAAAAGAGAGCUGGCAGAAGCUACUGGGCUGACCACAACUCAAGUCAGCAAUUGGUUCAAGAAUCGGCGCCAGAGAGACCGUGCAGCAGAGACCAAAGAGAGGGAGAAUGGCGAGGGUGGCCUUCUGAAGGAAGGACAGGGCCUGCCCCGAGACAGACACGUGAUCCCCAGCUCUGAGGACGAAAGCUCCCUCAUUGACAGCCCCUCACUGCUCUAUCCUGCCUUGCAGCUUUCAGUUCCCAAGGGAUCCUCUCUUCACAAUGCCCAACGGGUGGAUUACCUGCAGAACCAGCCUCUCCACAAUGGCCUCCUGGGGUCCCUCACUUCCACUCUGGAAAGGUAACAGUGAUCCAGCGUGAAUGCUGACUGCAAGAGAAGGAAGAAAUCAGAGGGAUGGCAUUGUAAAUGGAAUUAAUGAAAGCGGGGGAAGGAAAGAACAGAAAAGAAUAUUAGGCUUCAAAUGGGCCUCAAGACUACAAUAUCAGCUAUCAAGCUCAUUCCAGACACCAAGAAGAGCUGUGCUCCAAAGAAAAGAUCACAAGUGGUACAGAUUUGUUCCAAAAACAGGAUCUGGUCAAAGCACCAAAGAGAUCAACACUCAAGAAAGUAAUGGCUAUUGCAAUUGUUCUGUUGGAGGAUCCUGAGGAAACAGAUGUUGUCAUUGCUAAUGGGAGGAAUAAAGUGCCACUGUGAUAGAUAGGGAACCCUGAAUUGACUGGGGAGGAACUAUGGAGAGGAAAAUUGGCUACGUUUUAAAUAAAUAAUGAAAUUCAGUCAAUCAAUGGGGGGAAACACCAGUACAGUAAAAAAAAAACAAACCCAGUGAAUUUAGGGAUUCAAAAUGGCAGUGAAGCUUCUAGAAAGAGAUUCUCCAGGAAGAACAGAAAAGUGGGGAACAACACUGUUAUGUGAACUAUAUAAGAGAGAGACAGCAUGAGAGAGCAUAGGGGAACAGAUCUGUUUUUCGGGGGUAUCCUAUAAUAAUCAAACAGCGGUGAAUAGCCCAUCCAAAAGGUAAACGUUGGUUAACUUUCUUGCACGCUACAAACUGAAGGCCAGAAAGGAAAUAACAGCCACUUGUGACUACCCAUAAAAAUCCUGUUUUUGAGAGAGAGUGAACCCAGGUCCCGCCUGGAAGUCCUGGGGGAUAAAGAUUAUUUGGGAAGGGGGUAGUAUAGAAAUAAAACUUUAUUUCCGAGAGGAGAAAAUAAAGGAAGGUGUCAACAGUCUAGAUUUUGAAAAUUGGCCAUUUUCAUCAGAUUUUGCUGGAAGGCUUCCCCUCCGGGAGAUCCGAAGUUGGUAAGGAUGGCAAAUUGAUGUCAGGAUGAGAUGCAGAAAAGGGGAAAGGAAGAAAAAGAAGGAAGAAAAAAGAAGGGAAGGGAAAAAAGAAAGGGGAAUUGAAGGAAAAAAAAAGGGAAGGAGAAAAGGAGGAAGGGGGAGAGGGGGAGAAGGAGAAGACGAUGAUGAUGAUGAUGCUCAUGAGGCAGAAUAUAGCUAAUUUCUCUCUAUGGGGGCAUCAAAAGCCCUUCCCCCCCCAGCCUGUCUGAGGAACAAAUCCCUCUAAGAGAUUCAGCCAAGGGAUCUCCUUUGCACCCCAUUUCAAGCUCACCCUCCUCUCUUUUGACCAGCUUGCUCAAAACUGAACCCCCAUCCAAGACAUAAACCACAAUGGACACCAUGCAUCCCCAGACCAUCAUGGCUUAUUCCUUAAAACCAAGUUUGGCUGCUCAGGGCUACAAACCAUCCAGCCAGGCUUGGCCUGAGUUAGAAAAGAGAAUCCAGAAGAGUUU